UGAGGUGGAUGCCUUGUCUAAAGAAUGGCAAAGUAUUAAUAGAAAAAUAUCAAAGGAAGUUGCAAAAACUUUUUUAGAGUUUAAUGCUAGAGCAAGAAGUUUAAAAUUUGAUGUGUUGAAAUUUUAA